AUGAAAAUUUUGUCUAAUCGAUUUAAGUUAAUGAUUAAUAAAUAUAAUAUAUUAAGUGAGAGCGAUAUAAAAUAUAAACAUUUGAAGUUUUAUUAUAGUUUCAUUAUGAAGCUAACAUGUAUGCCUGAAUGUAUGACUAAAUAUUUUAAUUAUAAACAAGAAAUUGAAAAACAAAUUGAUGCAUUGAAUAAAAUUAACCAAAGAUAUUUUUGCAAAAACUGCCAAGCAGUAAGACUAAACAUAAUUAAUAAAAAUGAUGAAUUAAAAGAUUGCUACCAUCCCAAUAUAUUACGAUAUAGAUUAAUAGAUGAUGUUGAAAUAAAGGAUUUUAUGGACAAAUGUCUUCCAUUACCUAAUUGUAGUUAUAAUGGAACAUCUCAUGUUAAGAAUCCUCCUGGAUUAAACCGCGAACCAGAAAACACAUGCGGAAGAAGAAAAGAUUGUAAAAAAGGAGCAUCACCACCGCAAGUAUUAACAGGUAAAGCACCACAGGUGUUAAAUCCCCAAUCAUCUAGAACCAAUGUACCAGCAAGGCAAGAAGACUUAAAUAUAAAACAACUGCAUGCAGAGAGAGGGGGGUCAACAGAAGCAAACACACUUUUAGAUAACCAGAAGAAUGUAUUCAUUACUAAUGGCCCUGCUGCGGUUCAAUCUGAAGCUUCUUACCCCAAAGAUAUGCAUCCCUUUAGUACACCUAGAGAAGCAUAUAUCCCGGAACAACCUCCAUCUGCUUCACAGUAUUUGUUACAUAGUGAAUUAGAUAACAGUUCAAAUGAUUCUUCGCCACGAGUUAACCCUGGAAGUGAAUCUAGGGCAAAAGCUAUAGCUCAAGAAAAAGGUUCAGAAGCAGUCAAGCUUGAGAAUGAUCGGCAUGGUCUGCUGUAUGUAAGUGGUAGUACUCUUGGUGCACAAGAGUUAAGGAGUACAACUUCUACAGGACAUGAGAGUGAUGUCAGACCCCUCGAUAGUAAAAUUCCUGACGCUGGGAAUCUUGAAGAAAAGCCUCCAGGCGGUGCAGAUGGAACCUCUAUAACUCCUGGCGAUAGAAAUUUUGGUAAUAUUGUUAAUAAUUUCGUUGAUGGUAUUUUAGGUUUAGGUGGCAAUCCUCUUUACAGCACACUUACUAAUGAUAGAGAUAGUGAGGGAAAUUAUAUCAGUCAGCCUUUCGUUGAAACACCUGUUGAUGUACCAGUUAGUGAUGAUCCUACUGGCGAUAACUCCGAAACACCAUUUAAAAAAUAUACCACAAUGGCUUUAGCACCCACGGGUAUUAUUAUGUUGAUGACACUCCUUACAAAAUUCACUCCCUUAGGAAUGCUUUUUACGAAGAAAAACAGAAACAAACGAAAUGACAUGAAAGAAAAUAUAGAGAGGAUACUACUAUUGGAAUCUCCCGCUAAAACAGAAGAAAGUGGUUUCUCAUUUGCAUAUACUCCUUCUCAAUAUUGGGAAACGUGA